CGCUCGUCUCUCUGGUAAGUGUUUGUUUUUGAAUGUGCGUUCAGACCUCAGUAGACCUUCUAGUCAGUACAAACACCAGUAAACCUUCCACCGCCCGUCUCCUCACCCCGUGACUCGGCCCACGAUGCACCACGACUCCUCCGCCCUCCGCCGCAAGGGGACCACGCCCCGGCGACGCCCCCCCGCACAGGCCCCGCCCAAACCCCCAUCAGAGCCCCCCCCAUCGACCCCCGGCAGGCGGCGGCGGCGGUUCCGGCCGGGGGCCAAGGCCCUCAUGGAGAUCAGGAAGUACCAGAAGAGCCACGCUCUGCUGCUGAGGAAACAACCCUUCGCCCGCCUGGUGAGGGAGGUGUGUGAGUCCUACUCCGGGAAGAGCCUCCGGUGGCAGGUGUUGGCCCUGAUGGCUCUACAGGAGGCGGCCGAGGCCUUCCUGGUGAUGAUGUUGGCCAACGCCAACCUGUGUGCGAUCCACGCCAAGCGCGUCACCCUGUUCCCCCGCGACCUGCAGCUGGCCCUGCGGCUCCGCGGAAUGGAUAUGUGACCACGACCCCCUGCCGGGGCCCCCUGCUGGGCAUCCUGGGCCCCCUGUUGCUCUUCGUAGCAUGUAAAUAUAUUGUGUUUGUUGUUUUAUUGGUCAAUAAAGUCUUGAAGGAACUGCAGCUGUGCUCCACUCA